AUGGAAGAAGAAAUGCAAGACAUGGAACAACAAAGACUGUACAGUGAUAAUUGUCAGCAAGUAUUGUCAGACAUCUCGAGUGUCAAGGGGCUUGUGAAUAAAGUCAAAGAAAUCGAAGAUAUAUAUUGUCCAAGAGGUGGUUUAAAUCUAUUUAAAAUUGACGACAACUUGACAGAUUCUAUGCAAGUCUUGCAUACUAAAUUAUCAGACUGUAUCCAUCAUUUGGACCACUUAUCUGAAAGAGUCUCGGACACUUCUUCCAAAGUAUUGGUCACUGGCGAUUUGAAUUCUGGUAAAUCAACUUUAGUCAAUGCCUUAUUAAAGGGUGACAUCUUGCCUGUCGAUCAGCAACCUUGCACCUCCAUCUUUUGUGAAGUCGUCUCCUUUUCUCCCAAUCAAGACAUGCCAACAACAGUCCAUGCUAUUAAAGACGUAACAAUUUAUGACAAGCAAAAUGAAGACACAUAUCAUCCUUUGGAAUUACGUCAUCUUUACAACUUACUUACCUCCGAAGAACAACACUAUAAAAUGCUGAAGAUCUACACCUCGAGAAACGAAAAUUUAACCGAGCAAUCUUUACUGUAUAACGGACUUGUGGAUAUUGCAUUGAUUGAUUCACCAGGAUUAAACACAGAUUCCGUCAAAACAACCGCCGUAUUUGCUCGUGAAGAAGAAAUUGAUGUCGUCGUCUUUGUCGUCAGUGCUGAAAAUCAUUUUACUUUAUCAGGCAAGGAAUUUUUAUGGAAUGCUGCUAAUGAAAAAACACACAUCUUUAUUGUCGUCAAUCGAUUUGACAACAUCCGUGAUAAGGACCGCUGUAAAAGAUUGAUUCUGGAGCAAAUCAAACAAUUAUCCCCAGUUACCUAUGAACAAGCUGAUCAUUUAAUUCAUUUCGUCAGUGCCGAAAAUGAAGCCAAUUCACCCGAUUUUGUCAAGCUCGAACAGAAAUUACGUGCCUUUGUUUUAAACAACCGUAUCAGCUCAAAAUUAUUACCCGCAAACACCUACCUGACAAAUGUAUUGCGCGAUAUUUAUUUCAUUUCCACAACAAACGAAUCGAGCUCCACUGAAAAGUUUGAGAAAGCUUCGGCUUUGGAAUCCGAAUUCUUAUCCACUUACACGGAUUUGGUUCAAGCUGCUGCUGCCACAGAGAAGGAGGUGACCGCAUUAAAAGAAUCUACCAUGACCCACAUACAAGCAAAUGUAACUACCUCCUUGGAGAGCAUCACGCGUGAUGGGGAACUGGAUACAUGUAUUCAAUCUAUCCAAUACCCGGGUUUAUUACUAACCUGGCAAUACGCACAAGAUAUCGUCGACUCUCUUUCAUCCAGAUUAGAAGCAAACCUGGAAAAGGUCGAACAACAAGCCAGUCAAGAAGCUAUCCAUGCCAUGCAGGCAAUGAAUGAAUCAACCCGUCAAUUGAACACAGAUAUCACCACCAAAAUCCAUGAAAAUAUCAUGACCAGUAAAAGUCAUCGACCCAUCCAUAUCAAGAUAGAAGCGAGAGAUUUGUUAUUAAAUCGAAAGAUUGUUGAUGAUAAAAAGAUUGCUAUAUCAGCUUUAGCUACUGUGAGCGCUACAACCGUAUUUUUGAAGGCCAUCAAUAUCAAAGACAUUGCUUGGUCUUUGGUAUCACGUUAUAUCAACCCCCUUAACACAAACUCAUCACAUCGUUUUGCGACAUUCACCUUAUCUACAGUGGGUAUGUUAGGCCUAGGUUGGACAGCUUAUUCUUUCGUCUCUGUCAUCCCUCAUGCCCUUCAAACCAAUUUAAAGGCCAAAUUCCAAACCGCUGUGAAAAACGAGAACCUCGUUGACAACCAAACACAUCGUAUCACCCAGGCUGUUGAACAUGUCUUGGAAGCCAAACAAACCGAAAUUUUGUUCCGUGUCAAGCAAAUGAUUGCUGAAAAGAAAGAAGAGAAGGAUAAAUUAGAACAAUCCGUGUUUCGAUCUGCUACCACUUUAAAUCACUUUAAGGCGUUGGUCAGCCAAUCUGAUGCUUUAUUGCUUAAAGUAGAACAAUCUUUAAAUGUCCCUCAAAUUAUCUAG